UCUCUGCCACCAGUACAAUUUCGUUGAGUCGAUAGAUAAACGCGCACAUGGACUCAUUAAAUAGUUAACGUUAUUUAUUAUUCAGAACAAUCAGGAAAUUGUUAAGAGUGUUUCAAUUGACAUGAUCAAAAGAGAUAACUUGCAGUAGUGAACAUUAAUCAAGUUUAAGUUCAUAUAAAUCAUUUAUUUAUCUUUUCGUGCAUAAUGGAUGAUGAUGAUCAAUCAUUUAUUCAUAACAAUUGUUACCCAGUGGUGCGCGGACCAGACGACGGCGUGAUUUCAGUGGAUGUCUCCAGAGACGCUCUAGUGGACUCCAUGACAGAUAUGUCUGAGACACCAAUACCACCUGAUAUUAUUGCGUCAGUAGACACACCAGGGGAACAUGAAGAGAAUGAAAAACUAACACUUGCAUAUGAGAGGCUGUAUGACAUACCAAAAACAAUAGUGGAACGGUUCUCCGACCACAUCAAGUACCUGGAUAUUAGUCACAAUAAGAUCACAAACCUAGAUGCGCUGGUGUACUUCAAGAGCCUCACAUCCCUGAUAGCAGACGACAACCCCAUCACAGAGAAUUGUUAUUUACCACCUCUGCCUAAAUUGGAACUCUUGUGGCUAAAUCGUUGUCAGAUCACAUCACUUUACCCAUGGGUGGGCAAGCUGAAGGAGUCAUGUCCCAACCUGCAGAUUCUCUCGUUAAUGGGUAACCCAGCUGCACCCAGCUACUUCAACGGUGGCACUUUCUAUGAGUACCUACAGUACAGGCUCUUCGUCAUAUCCCAAUUCCCCUCCCUCCAUCAUUUAGACGACCGUCGGGUCACAGAAGACCAGAGACUGGAAGCCCAACGUCUAUACAAGAGACCUUUCUUCGAGCGCAUUGUCAAGCCGGCUGGACUGUCACAAAUAGUGAACUCUUCUGUCACUUGGAACACUUUCCAAAAUAAAAUCACUACGUUGCUGGGUAAGGAUAAACAGAAUAGGAAUUUGUUGAUUUAGUUUGAGUUUAGAGCUUAGGUGUAUGGAGUAGAGUUGAGAUUUGAAUGACAUUAAGUAAAAUGGAUUUGUGAUGGAAGUAUAUCUUAGACUAUUUCUUGUUAGUAAAUAAGUAUAAAAAGUACAUACCUAUAGUUAAGAAAUAGUUAUGUCUUUAUUAAUUGCUUGAGUAAAAGAGAGAGCAUGCUUGCAAUACAUUUAGGCCCAAUUUCACCGACAACAUAAACAUCAGUUUUGCUUAAAACAACUGUUUUCUUUGAGCAUUGACAGUGAACUUGGGCCUUAAUUGUAAGAGUUAUUACAGCUGUUUUAAAGUUACAAAGGUGCCUUCAUAUCUGCCGAAUUUAGUAAUUAGCUUUAAGAUACUUUCUAUAUUUGCAAAUAAAUAAUAGUUAAGAAAUUACGGCCUAUCUAAGGCAAUAUGUUCAUAAAAUUGUGAUAAUUAUCUAGAAUAAUCGACCAAUGUUGCUAUAAAUAUAAGGAAUUCAAAUAAGUGACAUGCAUGACACAAGUUAU